AUGGACCCAAGAGCACAAAUCCCAGGCAACAACAACCACAACACCAAUAACAACAUGGCUACAACGCAACCGCCGCUCCUCAACACCUCACCACCUCAGCCUCACAACCCGCUCAGCCUCGCACCCAAGCAACCAAUCCCGGCCUCCGCAACCAGCAUACACGAGCGAUCAACAUCGCACCAUCCCCACACGCAGCCCACUGAACACUCCCACCAGCAACAGCUGUCCCAAUUGCCAGAAACCAGCGGCCAACAGCAGAAUGCAAUGGAAAGCUAUCCGCACCAGGUGUCGGGAUCGGGGGGCCCGACCGCUACGGCGCCAUUCUUGCGGGACUUCAGCCUUGUCGCCGAGGCGGCCAAGCGCGCCCAGAUGUCGGUUGUGAUGCGGGAUUUGGAGGCGGUAACGCUAUAG